UUUGUACCUGCCGGUAUUGACAGUCGACUAACGUCCUCGCAAGCGGCAAUAACAUGUUGCACUCACAACGGAUUGUUGAGACAAAAGCUGGCAACCUGCGAGGUACCAGGGAGGUCAAUUUCGAAGACGAACAUUAUUUUGCGUUUAGAGGCAUUCCUUAUGCGAAACCACCUGUUGGAACACUACGUUUCCGGGAUCCGGAGGUUCUGCCACGUUGGGGAGGUCUUAGAAACGCAACGUUUCACAGACCAAAUGCGCCGCAGAUAGACCGACUCACUGGCGAUGUUAUUGGCUCUGAAGACUGCCUUCAUUUAAAUAUUUAUUCGAAAGGUAUAAAAAUUGCAUGUGGGCUACCAGUUAUGGUUUGGAUUCAUGGUGGUAAUUUCGCAUCUGGCAGUGGCGAUGAUUCAUUUUAUGGGCCGGAUUACUUCAUGCGCAGAAACGUCUGUUUGGUAACCAUCAAUUACAGAUUAGGAGCCCUCGGCUUUUUAACAUUUGAUGACACGUAUUCACCGGGAAAUCAAGGUCUGAAGGAUCAAGUGAUGGCUUUGAAAUGGAUUCAAAAUCAUAUCAUUAAUUUCUCUGGCGAUCCCACCAACGUGACAAUUUUUGGCUCGGACGCUGGUGCUGCAUGUGUACAUUUACUAUGCCUCUCUCCAUUAGCAAAAGGUUUAUUCCACAGAGCGAUUAUUCAGAGCGGGGUGUCAUUGAAUCCAUGGGUAAUCCAUCGAAAUCCUGGUAAAAGAGCAUUUGAAUUGUGUGAGAAAUUAGGUUGCAAAUCAAAAGACCCUGCAACGGCAGUUCAAUUCUUGAGAAAAGUAAAUGUCAGACAAUUAGUCAAGGCGCAAAAUCAACUACUUAGCAAAGACGAAAAAAUUCAAUACUCCACCAUUUUUGGCCCAUGUAUCGAUAGAAAAUCUGAUGCCCCAUUUAUGCCUAUGAAUCCAGAUGAAUUGGCUAGGCGCGGCAUAGAUAUGCCACUGAUUAUUGGUUACAACGACCGCGAGGGCAUUGUUGCAUUACGAGAUUUAGGUAGAGAACACUCUAGAUUCAAUACGGAUACUUUGAAAGUUUUGCAUCCAAAUACCAUAAAUACGAUGCACCAAUCGUACAGCCUAGACCUUGAAAAAGUAAAAAAGAUAUACUAUACAAAUAAUUCAAUAACCCACGAUAAUCUCGAAAGUUUGGUCGAUAUGCUUGGAGAGCUAUAUUUCAUUGAGGGCAUUCAUCGAGUCAUCAGAGCACAAGUUGUAAACGAUUAUGCAGAAAAGACGUACUUUUAUAAGUUCAUAUAUGACAGGCAAACGUCACUGUUUAAAAUGUCGUCGGGAAGGAAUAUGAGAGGGGCUUGUCACGGAGACGAGUUGCUUUACUUAUUCUCACUGGGAUCUUUCAGUACUAUGAGGAAACAGUACUGUAUUCCAAGAAAAAGUUGGUACCAAGUGGCGAAAUGGUGCGUCUUGAUACUUCCAUUGAUGUGCUUGGUAAAGCUUGGCCGCUUCGGUUUUCCACCACGAAGAUCGCAAAGAUAUCGCAUUACUAAACGGAUGAUCGAUAUGUGGGUGAAUUUUGCGAUCACGGACAACCCAAUACCGAAACGGACAACAUUACUUCCGAUGAAGUGGACUCCUGUUGAAGAUAUUUGUGUUUUCAAUUGCAUGAAGAUUUCCGAAGAUCUGGAGAUGGAAGGUGAAGAGAACUUGGAACUCAAGUAUACUGAAGCCCAAGAUCAUCAAACAAUGAUAGCUGAGUCAGCGGUAUAGAGGCUGUUAUGCAGAGACUGUUUUGUAUUUUUAUAUUUUUAUAAUUUUAUAAUAUUCAAAUACCAAAUUUUAUUACUAGAUAUUUCUACAUUUUUAUUGAUCGACAGCAGUUACAAAAGAUUUUGUUUUAAUUUUGAUGCAUGUAAGAAUUUGAUGUAAAAAAUAAAUAACUGUCGUUG